AUGAGCAACCAGUCUAUACAGCAGUCCCAAGCCUCUUCAGCAAGAGAACCCGACCCAGAUGCUAUCAAAAUGUUUGUCGGUCAGAUACCACGCUCAUGGGGGGAAACAGAAUGCAGAGAGUUGUUUGAACAGUUCGGUUCUGUAUGUCAGCUAAAUGUUCUUCGUGAUAAAGUAACACAAACAAGUAGAGGUUGCUGUUUUGUAACUUAUUAUAAGCGAGCUGAUGCAAUAGCAGCGCAAGCAGCACUUCACAACAUCCGUGUCUUACCGCAAAUGUAUCAUCCUGUUCAAAUGAAGCCUGCCGACAUUGAAAACAGAAAUGAAAGAAAAUUGUUUAUUGGUAUGUUAAAUAAGAAGCUCACUGAAGACGAUGUCCGUGAAAUGUUUGCUCAAUUCGGACACAUUGAGGACUGCACUGUUUUGAAGGAUUCAGAAGGAAAAAGUCGAGGCUGUGCCUUUGUGACGUUUGCCCACCGUUCCUGUGCGCAGCAAGCAAUCAAACAAGUGCAUCUAUCUCAAACUAUGGAGGGUUGUUCAAAACCGAUUGUCGUGAAAUUUGCUGAUACUCAGAAGGAAAAAGAUGCAAAAAAAAGUGGUGGAACGCCAGCGACAACCACUUCAUUGCAGGACACAGUCAGUUUAGCUAGCACGUUGCAACAGUUAUUACAAACAGCACAACCUAACAGCAGUACCAGUCCUGCUCUGGGAACUCAGUUAGCUGCACUCGCAGCUCUCCUCCAAACAGCAUCACAACCCAAUGUUCUAAGUUUGCUUGGAAAUGUAUUAUCUGGUUUGGGUCGUUUAACCGAGAAUACAGCAACAUCGAAUCAAACAUCUGUAAAAUCAUCACCCUUUCCUCUUGCCAGUCAGCAAACCCUGGCAUCACUCUCCUCUUCACCGGGCCUCUCAAAUGCAGAUUCAUCAGCUGCACUUCAGCAACAACAGCAUCAACAAUUAGCUGCGCUUCAGCAGCAGCAAAGAUUAUUAGAACUUCUUACCCAUCAGCAACUUGCUAACACGCCAAUUUCUACUCCUAGUGGUUCGUUUGCUAGUGACAAUAAAAUAAAUGGUGCAACUGGAGGAAAUAAUCUUAUUCAGUUGACGGGACAAAAUGCAUCGAGCAGCAUCGAUGCUCUGCAACAAGCAUACGCUGGACUGCAGCAGUUUGCUGGUUUGUAUCCACAGUUAGCAACUAAUAAUUUGCUUGCUGCUAGUAGUACACCUAAUACAGGAAUGAAUACCACAAGCGGUGGACAAUCAAAGGGACCAGAUGGGUGCAAUCUGUUCAUUUAUCAUCUCCCACAGGACUUCACUGAUAACGAUUUAUACACCACAUUUUCACCUUUUGGAUCAAUUAUUUCGGCAAAAGUUUUCAUUGAUAAGCAAACUAAUUUGAGCAAAUGUUUCGGUUUUGUAAGCUACGAUAAUGUCGUUUCGGCUCAGAAUGCUAUCUCUGCACUUAAUGGAUUCCAGAUAGGUUCAAAACGGCUGAAAGUACAGCUAAAGCGUGGGAAGGAUAGUAAACCAUAUCCGAGUAUGCCUGUCACUAGUAACAGUGGUAAUACGAAGCCGCUAUCGGCUUAA